CGGCAACGACAAGCUGGCAGCAAGCAAACUUUGCCGACAACAACGAUCGAUUGCUAGAAAAUUUUUGUUUUUAGUCUCGUCCGAGUAACGCGUGUGUACGGUACGAAAUAUCUAAAAAGAUUUAACAGUGAACGCGUGCGAAUUCAAUUCAUUCAAUUUGAAUUUGAAUACACACUUAUAUAGCAAACAAAAAAAAAGUAUCAAUUGAAAAAGAGUAGAAAUAUUAAAGAAAAGUGUUCCAAAAUUUGAAACGAAACGAAAAGAAAAACUAAAAUAAUUUAAAUAAAACGAAAUAGAACAAAACAGAUAAAAAAGAACGCACGCGAACAAAUAAGGAUACUAACCAACCCCACAAAAGAAAUACAACCAAACACACGCGUUCCAAGAAAAAAACAAAAUUGAAGUCUGAAAAAAAAGAAGAAAAUUUGAAAGAAACAUGGAACGUCAUCGGACAUUGGAUUCAUCAAUGUCCUCAUUGUAUUCGGGCUCGAAUGUUUCACAAACACCAUCACGCCAGCUGGAACCCUCCAACUAUCAUUAUCCCACAUCAUCGACCGCACCAUCACCCACACCCAGUGGCGCUGGUGGUCAAUUGAUGCCAACGAAUCUAAACAACGACAGUUUGGGCAGUGGUGGCAGCACAACAUCACAGAGUGGCCUGCGUGCCACCACCAUUGGAACGGUGGUGGUGCGUUGUGGUCCCAUACAAUUGGUGAUUGCUCUAUUGCAAAGUACCGAGAAAUUAUAUAUAAAAGUUGUGGAACUUGAGCCAAAGAUUACAACCUUAGGUGCUAAUCUUGAUGAAUCCGUAAGACUACAAAAAGAACACGAUGAGACUCUUAAGAAUGUACAGAAUUUACCCGGCCCCAUGGAAGAAUUUGUACACAAAGCCGACAAAUUACUGGCCAGUAAACGUAUCAGUUCAGAACUAGUCAAUGCCAUGGCUGAUACACUGAAUAUCAUAUGGGGCGAUAUUUUACACCUGCUGCAAGAUCGUCAGCAUAUUUUACAUUUAUGCACAGAUUUCCAUGACAAAAUGCAGCAAUGCCAACGGCGCAUGGAUCAGCUGGAGGUGGCGUGCAUAGACACAAUGAUACCCAUCGAAGUGACAGCCGUACAAGAGUUCCUCAACAAAUUCAAACAACUGCGCAUUGAUAUGCUGACAGCUGUUAUGGCCGCUCUCAAAGAUGGCAACGAGUUGCUGGCACAACUGCAAGAACUAGAGAAUAUGGAGAGUUUAGACACACGACCGGAACACAUCAAACGUGAUGCAACACGUUCCGUUCAUCAAGUACAACAAUGGUUGGAAGCUUUACACGAUCGCCGCAAUGCUUUGGAAAUUGCUUGGCAGACAAGAAAAACACAAUUAGAACAGUGUCUGGCAUUGGCCAUGUUGGGAAGAGAACUCGUAGAGGUAGAGGCCACUUUGGUGCAGCAGCGUAAUGAGGUGACAUCUAUGUUUAGUUUGGGCGAAUGUGAGCACACAGCCAACAAUGCCUUGCACAAUUAUAGGGAAUGGAAGCAGCAGGCUAUGCUGCUGAGAGAUCGUGCUCUCAAAAUAACCAGAGCAAAAGAAAAACUACAGGCCUCCGGCACAUUUACAGGCGAUGAGGCGUGUGCAAGAGCCUACAAUGUUUUAAGUGCUUGUACAGAACAUUUAGAUUUAGUCGAUCAGCGUGAACAUUGGCUACAGCAAUCUCGUGAUUUCUUCUCCAAAGCAGACAAUACACUAAAGGUAUUGGAAAAAUUAGAAGUUGAAUUGUCCAACGUUAAACUGCCACCCAAUUCCCCAGAAAGUUUUGCCAUGUAUGCCAAAGUCCAUCGAGAUGUGGGCAACUUUACGGAGGAACCCUUAAGAUUAGGCUACAGCAUACUCGAUGAGGUGGGACGCACCCAACCCGAAACUCAGGGCAUUAAGAGGGUAUUAGAUGAAAUAGAAAAUCGCAAGGCCUACAUUGAAGGCAUUUGUGCCAAUAGCAAUGAAGAUCAACGUCGGGUACAACAAGCUCUUAAGGAAUUUUUGCUACAAUACAAUGAUCUAUUGGAGUGGCUGAUGUCCUCAGGUCAGCAUUAUUUGCAACAAAACAUACACAUGGGCCGUAAUCUGGAGCAAAGUAAACAAUUCCUUUUGCAGCAUCACGAACUCAUGCAGGAUUUGGAGAUCAAAGGUGAACUUAUAAAUUUAUUACUGGAAUCCAUUAAAACCCACUUGGAAUCCUUGAGUGCCCAACAACGCUACGAUGUCGAUUCAAAGGCUGAAUCAUUGCACAAACAUUGGAUUGAAUUAAAGGAUCUGGUGUUGAAACGUGUCGAUUGUGUUUCAGUUUUAAUAGAAUUCUUCGACAAGGCCAAUGAAUUUGCCAGUCAAUUGGACAAUUUGAAACGUCAGUUGUCGCAAACGCCCAAUGAACAGAAAUUGCAAUUUUUACAGGAAACCUGGCAGAAUAUACGCAACGAUUUCAGUGAUCUGAAGAAUUUGGGCAAUCGCUUUUUGCACUGGAAAAUUUUGGAUCCAUAUCUCGAUACAAAAUCCUCAGCAAAUGCUGUCGAAGACAUCCUAAAUGGUUUUAGUAAGCAACAGAUCGAUGUAACAACAAGUUUGGAAAGUUGGACAACACAUAUAGCGGAAAAACGUGAAGUGGAAACCAUAUUGGAAAAGAUCAUGAGUGAUAAUGCAGAGACCGCUACGAAAACCACACACGUGGAUACCCAAUUAUAUCCAAUAUUUACUUCAACAUCUGUUGAUGCCAAACAGCUACAUGCGACCACCCAAGACAAAUUGAAAUUGGUGCUGCAAGACAUCGACCAGGCACAACACGAAAUACAAGAACGUGUUCACACCACGCUCGCUAUUCAAACGAAAGAUCCCGAAUCUAUGCAAAAAAUCGAACAGGUCAUCAGCAACCUACGAACCCUGAAAGCCAAACUGGAUGGCAUACGUUACGACUACAAGACACUUGUCGAAAGUGUUUUACAAUUUUUGGAAAAUGUUACGAAAAUGCGCUACGAAAUCGAUAGCUAUUUCCUGAAGCAGCAACAGCAAUACCAGCAGAAUAGCAACGAUGCCAUCGAACGUUGCAUAGCCGACCAUGAGAAAUUCCGUGAAAUGGUCAUGGAUAAAUUUAGAUCACUCAUCACCCAGUCAGAACUAUUGAUUGAUCGUGUUAGAGCUUUGGAGCCUCCCGGAGCCAAGGAAAUUGAUACCGAUCGUAUUUUGAAAUUGUUGGAGAACUUACGCAUCUGUUUUGAGUCAUCGAAUAGCGAGAGAAUGUCGUCGUUGGAGCGUCUGGAGAAAUUGGAACAAUUUAAGAAUGACAUUAUGGAUAUUAAUCGCAGUUUGGAUAGUGUUUGCAAGCAAUUGCAAGAGAUCAAUAAUCAAAGUGUUGACAGUUUGGCAGCAGCCAAGACCACAUCUUUGGCUUUUGAGUAUUUUGAACGUACCAUAGAGUUGCUCGAAAAACGCAUAGAAAAAUUCACCGAAACAACAACACAACAACUAUUGAUCUCAAAUCCGGAAAGUGAGUCGUAUGUAAGAGAAGAGUUAAGAAAACUGAGUGACAAGUGGCAGCAGUUUAAGGAUCAAGUGAAAAAUAAACGCAAAUCUCUAGAUCAAGCAACAGAUUUCUUUGAAAUUAUAGAGAAGAUCGAUGCUGAAUAUCACGAAAUUAGCUAUUUCUACAAUAGUGUUUCCAAUAAAAUCACCUAUUUACGUGAUCCUGUUGAGGCCUCCAACCUAGUAAACGAUAUUGAUCGUUAUGUCAAUGAACGCGAAGCUCCUUUGAGAGAAAAACUGGACAAUGCCGCCAAAUGUUCCCAUGACAUGGGCAAAGUUUCUCAAUUGUAUAAUGAUGUCAUGACCAUGUUCCAAUCGUUUAUGAAACUUAAAUCUGACAUUACCAUUGUGCAAGAACGUUUGAAACAUGAGGAAAGAGCCAAAGAACAGCGUGAGAGAGAAGCUCGUGAGCAAAUCGAACGUGAAAAGGCUGCUCGAGAGGCUGAAGCUCGUGAAAGAGCUGCCCGUGAGGAGGAAGCACGUCUGCAAGCACUUAAAGAGCAGGCGGCACGUGAACAAUUUGAGCGAGAGAAAAUGGCCCUUGAGUUGGCAGCACGUGAAAGAGCCAUAAGAGAAGAAGAACAGCGCUUAAUGGCCGCCCGAGAACAAGCAGCACGUGAACAAGCUGCCCGCGAAUAUGCAGCCAGAGAAGCAGAAGAGGCACGUUUAAGAGCUCUACGUGAGGAAGAGGCUCGUCUGCAGGCAGCUCGUGAACAAGCUCAACGAGAACAAUAUGCUCGCGAACAGUUGGCACGCGAGGAAGAACAAGCUCGCCUUAAGGCUUUGCGCGAUGAAGAAAUUCGUCUGUUGGCUUUAAGAGAACAAACCAUACGUGAAGAUGAACUCAGGCUUCAACAAUUGAGAGAACAAAACAAGCGUGAGGAAGAAGCUCGCCAGCAGGCCUUUAAAGAACAAAUGAAACGUGAAGAAGAGGCUCGUUUGCAGGCCGUACGUGAUCAAAUCGAUCAUCAGCGUUUGGUCACCGAAAACAUACGCAAGGAUGUACAAAUCAAUCAUAUAUUUACGGAAAUUAAAUACUCCUCUCCCCAAUUCACUAAACAACUAAAGGAUGCCGUAACACGUGAAAAUGAUAAAUUCACUUUUGAGUGUGAAGUUACCGGCAAUCCGGAACCCUCUAUUGAGUGGUUUAAGGAUGGCAUUUCCAUACAAAACAAUCCCGAUUAUAAGACCAGCUUUAACAAGGGCCUUUGUCGUUUGGUCAUCGAAGAAACCUUUACCGCCGAUUCGGCUAGAUUUACAUGUCGUGCUGCUAAUUUGGUGGGUAAUGCUGAGACUUCAGCCAGCUUGUCGGUGCGUGAAAAUGCAGCUGAUAUUCAAAUGAUUGCUCCACGUAUUGUACGUUUCUUGGAGAGCGGCAAGGCCAAGGAGGGUUCCUCCUAUGAAUUCUCCUGCGUGGUUACCGGCAAUCCUUUGCCCACUGUGCAAUGGUAUAAAAACGAUAAAUGCAUUGAUGAUUCACCCGACUAUGUGAUCAGUUAUAAUAACGGUGAGGCCAAGUUGCGUUUUGAGGAGGUGUUCUUGGAAGAUGAUGCUGUUUAUACUUGCAGUGCUUCCAAUCCAGCGGGUAUUGAGCACUGCUCGGCUAGUUUGAUUGUGGAACCUUUGGAGCCCACAGAAAUGCCUCAUUUCAAAAUACCUCUUACCAACGCUAUGGCUCGUGUGGGUCAAAAGAUUAAAUUGGAGGCUUUGAUAGGUGGUAUACCACGUCCAGAUAUUUAUUGGCUACACAAUGGCAAACCGUUUUAUCCACGAGAUAUUAAGUAUGAAUACGGUCGUGUAACGGUUAUAAUCCCGCAAGCUUAUCCCAACGACGCCGGAGUUUAUGUACUGACAGCUAAAAAUUUAGCAGGUGAAGCGUAUAGUUCGUGUAACGUUAACGUCAAAGGACGUCUGCCCAACGAGACAUCCGAUUCGGAAAUGGCUUCCGACAUGGAUGUGGAACCCAUCAAACCCUCUGUGCAAUUGGCCUUGAAAGACGUUUCGAUAUUCGAGGGCAAACCAGUGCGUUUGGACUGUGUGAUUGUGGGCCAACCCGAACCGGAGGUUAUUUGGUAUCACAACGAUAGGCCCGUCAAAGAAUCGGCCGAUGUACAGUUGCUGUUUCAGGGCGACAAGUGUUCGUUGAUCAUACAAGAGGUUUAUCAAGAAGAUGGUGGCAACUACAGAGUAGUGGCCAUUAAUUCAGCUGGUGAGGCCUCAAGUAGUUGUGAAUUGAAAGUGACACCUUUGAAUAUAGCCGAACCGGCCACCAGGGCCCAAUCGGAAAGACAAUCAUUGGCCAAGGAAUUGGAACCUAAAUUUGAGAAAUUCCUUAGUGAUGUUUUGGUCGAUGAGGGUGAAACCGUAGACAUGGAAGUGAUAACAAGUGGCGAUAAGCCCAUGACAGCCAAAUGGUAUUUGACCAAUAAAGAAUUAACCAACACCGAUCGUUUCCUAAUCGAAUCUAAUCCCCAUGGAGGUGUCUUCAAGCUAACCAUUAAGAAUGUUAACAAUGAUGACAAGGGUGUUUAUACCGUGAAAGUUUUCAAUAGUGCUGGUGAUGCUAAAUGUUUCUCACACUUGAUAGUGAAAUCCGUGAAUGCUCCCGAAAGCCAACGUUCCCAACAAGUGGAGAUUGUUGAACAAAAGACCUGCCCCGAGUUCAAGGAAUUGUUUUCGGACAAAACUGCCGAUUUGGAGGAUUUGGUGAAAUUCGAGUGUAUUGUUAAAGGUAAACCUACGCCAAAGGUACAUUGGUAUUUCAAUGAUCAGCCGGUGCAUGGCCACAAUUUCCUGGUUUCCACCAGUGGCGACCGGGAAGUUUUGACCAUUCAAAAGGUAGGUCCCGAUACAGUAGGAAAAGUAAGUUGUGUAGCCGAAAACGAUGUGGGCAAAGCAACUUGUGUAGCAUUUUUGGGUUUGGUGGGCUCUGGCCUAGAAUGUAUGCCCGCCCAGAGCAAUAUGCAAACCAUGACUCAGGAACACAACACCGACUCAUCACGUGUCACCAUUAAGAAACAAACAUUCACUACCACCUCCACCUCACAAGUCAGUUCGUAUGAGGGCAAUAUGCCUCAAACCGAAAUACACCACUCAUCGGCUCAUAUCGAUCAGUCAUUAAAACAAUUGGGCGCCCAAAGACCCGAAAUUAUGGAAUCACAUCAUUAUCAGGAAUUACACAAAUCAAAAGAUAUGUCUUCACCUCAUAUGCAACAGAAAUCAUUUGUACUCGUCCAAUCGGCCACAAAUGGCUCUAGUGCCACACAGAACGCUAUUGUACCCAGUUCGCCCACACGUACACGUCGUGAGAUUGCUCCACGUUUCACUACACCUCUGACGGGUAAGAUUGUUGACCAGGGAGCUGAUGUCAGCAUGGAAGCCAUUUAUGACGGUUUUCCAUCGCCCGAAAUCAAGGUCGAGAAAAAUGGUGCCCAACUCUUUGACACUGAUCGCUUGAAGAUUGGCAACAAGUGCAAUCGUGUCACCAUCGAUCUGAAAGAGGUUAAUGUUGGUGAUGCAGGUCGUUAUGCUGUCACCGCCAGCAAUACCAUGGGUCAAUCGACCAGUACAGCCGAUUUAGUAGUCAAGAAAACCAUCUUCCCGCCUGUCUUUGGCAGACGUUUACAGGCCCAAGUUGUUAAAAAGGGCGAAAAAAUCAUUAUGGAAGUGGAAGUGACUGGUUUGCCUGAACCCACGGUGGUUUGGAUGAAAGAUGAAAAACCUUUGAAUGAAUCAGGUUUGUCAGUACAUAGACUACUAACACAAGGCAACACCCACAAAUUGAUCAUUGAAAAGGGACAAGUAAGCGAUUCUGGCAAAUACAUGGUUAAAGCCACCAAUGCAGGUGGUGAAGCCAAAAGUAUAGCCGAUUGCGCUGUCUUGGAGCCAACACCCGAACGUAUGCAAGAAGUGGUCAAGACCAUUGUCUUUGAGACGCCCAGUGAAUUCAAAUCUGAAACGCUUGCCAAAGAACCUCAGUCGUUCGAAACCCAACAAUCUGAAAUAACCACCUCCAACGAUUUGCAUGGCUUAUCUGAGUCAAAGAUCAUAACUGAGCAUCGUUGCACUACUGAGGCAACCAUGCGUCUAGAACACAAAUCCGCCUACUUAGAUUUGCCCGAAUUGCAACAACGUACCAACAACAAUAACAACACAGUUCCCACACAAAAUGAGGUCAAACAAAUGCCAACAACAACCACAACAACUACCCACCAACACAUCACCACCCCAAUUAACCAGGAUGUAACUGAUUUCAGCCAUCAAUUGGAACAAUUAAAGUCACUCUCAUCCAAUUUUGAAAACCUGAACACCAAGAUUGGCUACACUCAAACCCCACCACCAGUGCCACCCAAACCUUAUCCACCAGUAACUGCCACUAUCGUGCCACAUCCAAAUGAAAACUACAACACCAGCUCCAUGACAUCAACAAUGUCCUCUUCGAAUACCAGCGAAAAGAAAUCCUCUUCCUUUGAGUAUUUCAAGAAAAUCGAUGAGGUAAACAAAGAGAGGCCCCCAGAGGAACACACAAACUAUCAAAAGCAGACUGCAAAACCCACAAAGGUGGAAUCACAGAAACCUUCCUUUAAUUUGGAAGAAGAAUUAAAGAAUUUGAAUCUGGUACCAGGUUCUCCACCAGAAAUUUGUUACACCACCAACACGGAGAAAACCAAUAAAGCCACUUUAAAUGAAAAAAUACAAAAAAUCGAAGAACGACAAAUUAGUAGCAAAGAACCUCCUCAUGGUGGUGUCUCCAUCUUUCCACCACAAACACCCACUAAAUCUCCAGCUGCAGCUCCCAGCUUUGCUCCAAAUAUGCCUAUAUCUUCGGAAACCUAUAGUCACGAUACUAUGCUAACGAAAACGGUAAAGGUGGAAUAUGGCCAGCCUAUAAUGAGACCAGCGGCCACUUUACCCACUCCAGCCCAACAAUUUACUCGCUCGCCCUCUCCUAAGCCCUCGGCUGAGGGUUUGGCCAUGUCCAAAUUGUGGACUCCUAAUCAUGUAAGUGGCUAUGAAAGUUGCACCAGUGAGUUUGAGCAACACAGUGAUACCAAAACCCAAAAGCAUGAAGUUAAAGAGAUUAAAAUCCAAAAACUAGCCACACCCACCCAGGAAUUAAGUGCUCCCUUCCUAGUCAAGCAGAUUACACAAUCCAUACCCAUACCUCGGGCCAAAACACCCAUACAAGGCAUAGAUUUAAAGCCAGGAACACCGCCAGAAAUUUGCUUUGCCGGCCAGCCAGAACAGCGUCACCAGUCUUUAGUAGAGACCAUGGAGAAAACCAUUGAAGAGAAUCUCAUACAAGGCGGACCUUCUAGGGUUUUGCCACAUUCAGUGCCCACCAUAACACCUACAAUGGCCAGCUCCAAACCUGCCUACAAACCACCACCUCCCGUAGUGCCCCUCAAAAUGCAAACUCCCCGCGGAGAAUACUAUGAAAGUGAUUAUGAAAGCGAUCGUUGGAAAUAUAGUGGCAGUGAAUCGGAUGAAACCUCUUUGCGUCAACCUCUACAACACACCCAUCCAAGUGCUUUCAAAACAAAUGGCUAUGCAGCCGAUACCGAGGAAAUAUCCAGUUUCUCUAAAAUGGAAUCCUCCACCAUGGAAAAUAAAUCGUUUUAUGAAAGUUCCUCCAGCAAUAAUGGUGCUGGUCUGCGACCACAACCACCUGCCCAACUCUAUUACACCUCCUCGAAUGCCAGCCAACAUAAUGCACCCGAUAAACAGGAAUCAUUUGCAUCACAAGAAAAUAAAUAUCAUCAUGAGGAUAAGGAUUAUAAGGUUACAUCGAUGACCAAGAAUAUUGCCUACAAUAUGUCGUCGUCAUCAACAACUGGUCCCAAAUUUCAGUCGACACCCAUUAAGGCUCCCGUGGCACCCAGUCCAAUACCAGUGCAACGUAAAACACCAGCUGAAUUCAGUGAUUACAGCAGUGAGAUUGAUGAACGUUUCCGUUCUGUAUCACGCAAUUGUGAGUCAGAAAAUGAAUUGAAAGGUUAUCGUGUAGUGUUUCCACCUACACCGGUACCAAGUGCCAAGCUUAAUGGUCACAAGUCGCCUGUGGUGGUGGUAACACCCUCACCCAUGGAAUUUGAGACGGUGCAAGCUAAGCCUAAAUUUGAACCCAUCAGACAGGAGCAAAGGCAUGAGGUUAAAACUGAAACUAGUAAACAACAGUUUCAUAGUUACAAGCAGCAACAGAUGCAGCAACAAACUCAACAGGUUUUCAAACCCAAACCGGUGGCUGCUAAAUUCUUGGCUGCUGCCCAGCAGCAACAAACUCCACCACAACAGCCCCAGUUUAGGCCACAGCCUCAAUAUCAACCACCAGCUGCUAGUAACCAGCCUACUGUGUACUAUAAUGCCAUAGCUGGCACACCUUUGCAUAUGGCCAAGAUGGCCACUGAGACCAAAAAUGUUAUGCAAAUGAAGGAGUCCUCGGAAACCUGCCAACGUGUGGUGAAUAUGCAGCAAACCAAGCGUGUUAUACACUUCGAUUCCCAAAAGGAAGAGUCAUCCUCACACAUGCAAAAUUAUGGUCAGCAGCAACAGCAGCAAUUGGAACCUUUCCCCUACAGUCCCACACCCUCACCCCGCUGUACCCCAGCACGCCAACGUAUGCCACCACCACCCACACCCACUAAAUUUGUACCAGGGGACUUUAGAGAAUCCGACUAUGAUAGCGAAAUUGAGAAUGCUAAAAUUUCUCCCCUCUGGACGCCCAUGGGUGAACAGGGUCCUCUGCGUUUCCGUCAUGUAGAGCCACCACGUCCUGGCCGUUCCUGCAGUCUGCCACGCUCCUAUGAACGUGUCCUCUCACCCAUGGAAUUCGAUCAUGGUCCCGAGAUGCCCUCAAAAAUACAAAUCGAUGCCAAUGCCUUGCGCCAACAACGCGGCAGCAGUGUUAAUCCUCGUACUCAAUCACUGAGUCGCCACUCGUCCAUGCGCUCCAACCAACAAAACUAUCAAUCUACGCUUUACGAGCAGGAUCAGCAAAACUUUUCUCGCGAUGACAUGAAUCUCAAAGUGGGUUCUCCACCCCGCUAUGGCUAUAUACAAUCUCAGGCUGAAGAGCAGGCUAAAACUAUGAGUUCCACAUUUAUGCAAAAGUCUCACAAGUUUGUGGAAGAUGUAAAAGAGGAUCUUCACAAGAUUACCAAAACUACCAUGGUUAAUGGUUCCAGCACAGAGCCUCGUGUUAUAACGCACAGUUUUAGACCCGGUUUCAAGCGGGCACCCAGUGAGGGUGACAAUAAGCCUCAGGCAUAUCGUGAUGAGUCCAGAGUUUCACAAUACGGUACGAAAUGUGUUGAUCCCAAUACCGGUUUAAUUUACUUUAAAUAUGAUUUCGGUUAUGAAUUCGGUAUAUUAUUCCCCGGCGAGGGUCACAAAUUUGUGGCCAACAAAUGGAAUAGUUCACAAUCAACUUUGCCCCCGACUACCGCCCAACAGCUUAAACAAACGGGUCGCAAGUCACCCUAUCCUUUGCCGGGUGGUCGCGACUUAGUAAUACCGGUGCGUCAUGAACGUUCCACGACCUCAACACCCACCCAAUUCUAUGGCAGUCAGUCGGGUAGCGGUGGCUAUUAUUCAGAUACCGAAACCUGCAAACACCCUAGAGGUCCAUCAUAUAUGAAGACAUCCUCCAAUGCUUCUUCGUUUGCCACAAAUAGACUUAAAAAACGUUACAGUCUACCCAAUACCCAGGUGAUCGAUGUCAAUAUCGAUCGUCUGCACAGUAAUGGUUCGCUACACAAUUUACAUCGUUUACCUUACCCAGAUCUACCACAAGAUGUACCAGUUAAUGCACAUUUAAAUCGGGAUGAAUAUCCACAAAAGCCACCCAUGUUUAUAACACCCCUUAAGGAUAGAGCUGUGGUAGCUGGCCAACAGGCCCGUUUCGAAUGCAUCGUCCAGUGUAAUCCUCAGCCCAGUGUAAUGUGGAAUAAGAAUGGCUACGAUUUGGAAAGUAGUAAUAAACAUAUUUUAGAGUAUAGAAAUGGCGUUUGUCGUCUAACUAUACCACAAGCAUAUCCAGAUGAUGCUGGUACUUACUCUUGUUGUGCUGCAAAUCCCUUGGGCUCGGCUACUACCACAGGCUCUUUAGAAGUAACUGGCAAAUAUAAUGCUGGUUCACGUUUUUAAACAAAGAGAUUUUCUUUUUCUUUCUUUAAGUUAGAAUUAUUUAUUAAAUAAUUUUUAAUCACCUGCUUAAAUGGUUAAAUGGUUAAAUGGAGACAUGAAUAAGUUUUUUGUUUAAUGAAAUUGUAUUGCUUUCGAUGAUGCUAAAACCAGAAUGUUGAGAAACAAUGUUGCAGCUAUAAGGGGGGUAAUAUGGGAAAUUUUAUAGGAAAAAUUUGAAUAUUAAGAUAUUGUUAUUUAAAGAAAUCUUUUUAGAAUAGAGCUAAAUCCAAAAUGUUGCUAAACUAAAAGUAGAGCAACAUGUUGCUUAUGUUAGCAAACAAGUUAACAUCUACUUUCAAUGAAAUGAGACUACACAUACAUAAAUAUAUCUGCUAAAUAUUAUAAAAAAAAACAUUUAAUAUUCAAAGAUUUUUUCUAAAAAUAAUCCACCAAAAUUAGAGCAACAUGUUGACAAUAUUUGUAAACAAAUUUCAAUCAAACUUUAUCUCAAAUGUGGCUAAACAUGUAUAAAUAUAAAUAUGACUGCAUCAGCUAAAAAUUAUAUAAAACAACGAUUUACAUCUGCAACAUGUUGCUAGCUUCAAUUGUUUAUAAACAUUUAUAUAACUUUAAUGUUAGGAAAACUAAGGCUUUCUUAAGCAUAAUAUUUUUCCAUAUGAAAAUCAAACAAGGAAAUUGUCUUAAAUAUAAAAAAGAAAUCGUUUAAAAUCACUUUUUAAUAAUGAAAUAGCAUCAGCAUGUUGCCAGCAGAAUAUUUUCCAGAUAAACAAACAAUUUAAUUACAGCAACAUGUUGCUAACAUCAAUUUAAGGAUAGUACUCUUUAAGAAGUCUUGCAACAAUUUGUGUCAAAAUCCAAACAAACAAAAUUGUAAGCAACAUUUCAGCAAUUAUAGUUUUGAAUCGUUAAAUAGUCUAAACAGCUUGCCAGGAACAUAAAUUUUACGUUUGCUUAUUUAAAUUUCUGUAUACAACGAAUGAAAAGAGAAAUAAUUAAAAUGUUUCUUUCAUUUCUUUAAAAUGUUGCUGUACAAUGUUUCAGCAACAUUUAUUUUGUUAGACUAUCAUAAACAAUGUUGCUAAAAGGUUUGUAAACAUAUGUAUGUUUGCACCAGCUACAUGUUGAUUAUAUUAAUUGUUAAUGUUUUGUAUUAAAUGUUGCUGCUGUUCAAAAUUUAGUAAAAUUAAGGUGAAACAAAGUUUCGUUAAAUAUGAAAUGAUCUGAACAUCUUGCAAGCAACAUAAUUUUUAUGGUAGUUUGUUAAUAAUUCAGUGACAACAAAUAAAAAAGAAUGAAAAGAGAAGUAAUUAAACGAUUUCUCUUGCUGUUUUGUUUAUUUUAAACCAAUAUGUUUCUAUACAAUGUUUCAGCAACAUUUAUUUUGUUAGACUAUUAUAAACAAUAAUAUUUUUCGCAAACAAUUUUUAAACUUUUAAUAUAACAAAAUUAAGGUUUUAUGAAGGCGAAACUACAAAUGUUUACUUCAGCAACAUGUUGCUAUCAUUAAAUGUUGCUAAUCUUUAAAGAAAUGUUCCAUUAUGAAGUAUUUAAACAUACAAAAAUGUUGCAGCAAUUCGGUUUAGUAUUCAUAAUUGUUUAUCAACAAUGUUGCGGGAUUGCGUAUAUCUUUAGUCUAUUGUCUACACAUUUGACAUAUCAAACAGUACUAUGUCUGAAGUUAAAACUAUUACCAACCUUUUAAACUAUAAAAUAUGUAACAAAAAAUUUAAGCUUAUGCCAAAGUUUCAUUCUGCUAAUAAAAAGAAGACACGAAGAUGUUAGGAAUACAUCCAAUUUAAAUCUUUAAAAUGUCAAACUAAGGAACAUGUUGCUAGAAUUUAUAUCAAUAUGCAAAAUAAAGUCAACAUGUUGCUAGAAUUUAUAUAUUAUUUAAAACUAAUUUUUAACUUUCUUAUUUAAAUUAUAACAAAAUAACUUAUUAUUCCUUUAGAUGUUGCCUCACCUAUAAUGCAACAUUGUUUCCAAACCUUUUGUCUCCAUAAACAUGUUUCUUUUAGCCAACAUUUACAUAUUAAAACAUUAUUAAAAUUUCUUAGUUUUUAAAAUAUCCCUAUAAAUGUUUCUAUAUAUUUCUUUUAAUUUUUUUUUUUUUUUUUUGAAUUAAAAUUGUAUUUAAUUAAUUGUUUAUCAUUUUCAAAAGUAACCAUUUAAUUAAGCUUAAAAUGAUAUUGUAACCCUCAGCUAAGCAAUUUUUGUUCUAUUAAAUUUUAAAAACGAAUUUUAGGUCCCAAAGAAACUAAACGAACAUUUUAAAUGUUUUAUUAAUGCUUUCUACCUUUCUAUUAUUUAAAUUAUUUUAAAAGUAAUGAGAAAAGAAUUUUCAAUGAAGAAAAAAAAUAACAAAAAAAAAACAAACCAAAAACAGCAACGAUGUUCAUUAAUUUUAAACAUUAUUCUAUAGUAUUACAUGUGUUUUUAACUAAAUAUUAAAAAUAUUAUAUUUUAUUUUAUUCUUGUGCAUUAUUUUCAAUAAAGGUAUUCAACGAUAUAAAAAGUCAUGUGAAUAAAA